UUUUGUUUUCCAAAUUUCAACGUCAAACAUACACCUGUGGUGGGAGUAGGAGAAGUCGAAGUUUGAGCAAAGCCAAACCCGGGUGACGAUUUACAGAGCGGGGGCCCAAAAACACAGCAGCCGGAAAGUUCUAGUGGAGCCUCCGGGAUUUCAAAUCCUUCUCUCCGCAUUUCUGCAGGGAAUAGGAAGUUGUGAAUGAACUGAUCGCGAUCAGUCGGUGGUAGUUUUUGUAUGUAUCUCUGAUCUACACAAGGAAAGCGACAAAUGCCGAACAUAAGAGUCAGCGCACUAUUCAGACCUCUGAGUUUGAAGGAAAAGUUCGAACACGGUGAUUCCGUCAGCAUUCGCGCCAUUGAUACUGAAUCCUUCAUAUUCAAGGAUGAGAAGGAAGAAGAAAUUAAGUUCCAUUUUGAUAGGGUAUUCUUUCAAGGAUCACAGCAAGCUGACAUAUAUGAACUCCUUGCUUUGCCUAUCGUAAAAGGUGUCGUGGAUGGAGUGAAUGGGGCGAUUAUAACAUACGGACAGACAGGAGCAGGAAAGACGUACAGUAUGGAGGGGCCAGGCAUUAUAGGGUGCAAUGAGGAACAGAAGGGUUUACUGCCACGGGUGGUGGAUGGGCUUUUCAAUGCUAUCAAACUUUCAGAUGAUAUGACCCGUUACACAAUCAAACUAUCAAUGGUAGAAAUAUAUUUGGAGAGAGUCAGGGACCUUUUUGAUCUAUCAAAGGACAACUUACAGAUCAAGGAGAGCAAAGUGCAUGGAAUAUUUGUGAGUGGAGUAACAGAGAUUUCCAUCUCAGAUUCUGCAGAGGCAUUACGAAGUCUUUCUAGUGGGAUAGCAAACAGAGCUGUGGGGGAAACCCAAAUGAAUAUGGCCAGCAGCAGAAGUCAUUGUAUAUAUAUAUUCUUGAUCCAGCAGGAACUGAAGAACGAGAAAAGAUAUGGAAAGUUGAUCCUUGUCGAUCUGGCCGGGUCUGAGAAAGCAGAGAGAACUGGAGCUGAAGGCAGAGUACUUGAAGAAGCCAAAACUAUCAAUAAAUCAUUAUCAGCACUUGGGAAUGUAAUAAAUGCAUUAGGUUCACCAGGGAAGGGGAACCAUAUACCCUAUCGUGAUUCUAAACUUACCCGGAUCCUGCAGGAUGCUCUUGGAGGAAAUUCCCAGACAGCACUGCUUUGUUGCUGUUCACCUAGCCCCUCAAAUGCAUCAGAGAGUCUGUCAACUCUUCGCUUUGGUGCAAGAGCAAAGCAUAUAAAGGCGUUACCACAUGUCAGUCUUAAGGAAGAUGAAGAUACCAGUGGUCUUGGAGCCCUGCCUUUGACGAAAAAUGAGUCUUGUGAGAGAAUAUUGGAAAAGUUGAGUCAGAAAAUGAAGGCCGAAGAUGUCGAGCUACUCGAGCAGUUGUUCAUUCUAGAAGGAAUUUUCUUUGAUCCUAACUCAGUGGAAGAAGUGGAAUCAGCUUAUGAUGAUAUGACAUCCAGAACAAUUUCAACACUCCACAAAGCUGUCGAAGAGCUUAGUAAAACAGUUGAUGAGCUUAAGAAGGAGAACCAGGUUCUUAAAGGCCUCAUCAGAAGCUGCUGACACUGUCUUCCAGUCCCUGAGAUGAUCAUUUUCACAACAUAGUGGCUUCCCAAGUCAAAUAACUCUCUUGCUUCUUUUAAAGAGUUGAGUUGAUGCAUAAGUUGCUUUUGACACUCUUCAAUGUUCUUGUUCUUUUUGAGUUCUCACUUUCUUAUGCUCUCUCUGUGAUGACCUGUCCUUAAUCAAUUUAGUAUAAGUGGUAUGUUAGCAUGAGGUGCCACCAGAGGGGUUUGAUUAACAAGCUCAAGAACCACUUCCAAGUCUACCAUAUUCGAUCUUCUUAACUCUUGUUUCCAUGCCAAGUUCGGAUGUCCAGCACUUGUGCUUAGCUACCAUGUAUUUAGCCCUUCCCCUCGGUCAUCUCUCAAGAGUCUCCCGGUAGGCAAGAGUCCAUGAAGCAGCUGUUUCCACCAUCCUGGUGCAGGUUUAGUUUCCCUCCAGAAAAUCAUUGUAUGUGGGCAUCACUCUUAAUUAGGUUGUUGUACUUGGAAAGGCUGCUUCUAUAUCCGAAGCCAACUUCGUAUAGAGAAAAUCAGUAUUCCCUUCAAAUAUAUACAACACUGUAAGAUGCCAAUGGAGGAUAUGUUAAUGGCAUUGUUGUUAA